AUGAUGUUGAGAGUCAGCGUGAUUUCAUUGCUGGUGAUGGCAGGUGCAGCUAUUGCAGAGCCACCUGUUGACGGCUACUCAUAUCCAAAACCUACCGUCGGCACUAGCUUCGGUGAGAAAAUCGAAGGAGGCGGUUCUGGUGGAGCUGGUGCUGGCGGAGGCAGUGCUGGUGGCUUCGGUGGUGGUGCAAGUCAGUCCAUCAACUCUGGAAAGAUAUAUGUUUUAGCCACCAGUGGUGGUUCCAGCGGAGGAAUUAAUACCGCAUCUGGUGGCGGAUUAUCUGGAGGUGCAAUCUCCGGCGGGGGUUUCCGAGGACUUUCGGGAGGUGUAUCUGGAUCUACUGUUGGAGGAGUAUCCGGGGGCGCCGGUAAUGUGCUUCUCAUCACUACCAGCGGCGCCGGGAUAAGCGGCGGCUCCGGAGCAGGACUGUCCGGAGGCUUCAACGAAGGUCUUUCCAGCGGUUCGGGUGCUGAGCUUUCUGGAGGAGUGUCCAGUGUUGCCGGUAAGGUAUUCAUCAUUGCUACCGGAGGAGGAUCUGCCGGUGGAAUUAGUGGAGGACUAGGUGGAGAAAUUGGCGAACAAUUCGGUGCAGGAAUCGGAGGAGGAACUGGGGGAGGAUUCGCUGGUAGUUCAUCAAGUGGAGGUCUUUCCGGUGGAUCCGGAAAAGUGUUCAUUAUUAAAACCAAUGGAGGGACUACUGGAGGAGUAAGUGGAACAAUCGAUGCAGAAGUUAGCGGAGGGAAUGCUGGAGAAAUCGGUGGAGGAAUCGGUGGAGGAAUCGGUGGAAGCAUUGGUGGAGGAUUUUCAGGUGGUGCGUCAAGCGGUGUAUCCGGGAAGGUGAUUAUCAUUAAUACUAAUGGAGGAUCGACCGGUGGAAUAAACGGUGGAAUUGGCGGAGGAACCGGUGGAGGCAUUGGCAGUGGAAUCGAUGGAGGAAACGACGGAGGCCUUGGUGGUGGAUUUUCAGGCAGCGCAUCCAGCGGAGGACUCUCUGGUGGAUCUGCGAGACUGUUUAUCAUUAAUACCAAUGGUGGAGCGACUGGUGGAAUUAGCGGUGGAAUCGAGGGAGGAUUUGGUGGAGGGAUCGGUGGAGGAAUUGGUGGAGGUGUUACCGAUGGAGCUAGUACUGGUACAGGAGUGUCUGGUGGAAAUGUACUUAUAAUCAGAACAAGUAGCACAUCUAGCGGCGGAAUUGGUGGAUCCAACGGCGAAGGCAUUGGUGGAGGGAUCGGUGGAUCGGCUGGUAAUGAUGUCGUAUAUUCCGGCGGUUUUACCAAUGGGGCUUCAACUGGAGGAUCAUCAGGAGGUGCUGGCAAAGUUUUCGUUAUAACAACAGCUGGUUCUUCUGGUGGAGGAAUAGGUGCUUCUUCUAUUGGAGGAAUAGGAGGAGGAAUUGGUGGAGGAAUCGGCGCUAGUAGUAGUGCGGGAUCAUUCGGCGGUUUGUCCGGUGCAUCAAACGGUGAGAUUUCCAAUAGCGCUGCAAAGGUAAUUAUCAUUAGAACCGGGAGCGCGUCGAACGCGGGUAUCGGUGGAAGAAUCGGCGGGGGCAUCGGUGGAGCCAUUGGCGCAAGUGAAGCAAUCGGAGGAGGAAUUGCCGGUGGUCUUUCUGGAGGGCUUUCCAGUGGUACUGGAAAUGUUUUCAUAAUCAGAACCGGCGGAUCGUCUAGUGGAGGAAUUGGCGGAGGAACUGGUGGAGCAGGUGGUUUCUCAAGUGCAUCAAGUCUUUCCGGUGGUAUUGGUGGUACCAUCAGGCAUGAUUGUGAAUCCAGCGGGGGAUUGAGUGGUGAAAUCAGUGGUACAUCCAGUGGUUCCGGUGGCUUGCUUGGAAACCUAGCGGCCGGAGCUGGAAAUAAAAUUUCAGUUGGUUCUGGUAAAGUAAUUUUAAUUACCCAACGAGGCAGCUCCAACGGAGGUGGAAUAUCAACUUCUAGCGUCUCUGGAGGGCUGUCAGAAUCAGCGGCUGCCGCUGGAACAGCUGAUGAUAUCAGACCACCUGCUCAAGCUGCUGAAAUUUCAAGUUAUGCCGCUGCCGCUCCCUCCUAUACUGGACGGCAACGACCUAUUUACGGACCGCCUCGACGUCGCUGA